CAGGGGGAGCUGGCCAUCGCAGGAAAGCAGCGGGCGCGGAGCGCUCUCCCUCUGGCUAGCUGCGGAGCUGCGCAUGCGCUAGGGACUUUGGGGCGGAGCGGACACGGAGAGAGAGAGAUGAGUCUGUUCGUGCGCGCCGGGACCUGAAAUUCCGGGGGAACUGCGCACGCGCGCCGGGCCUGCGCACGGGCGGCGAGCUCGACGGCGCAGGCGUAGGAGGGGCUCGCGCGGGGCGGGAGGAGGAGCCUCGGCAGCCUCGAGCUCAGUGUGCGGCGGGAGGCGGACGAGGAAGGAGCUCCCGGCCCGUUAACCCUUUCCCCGCCGCCGGUGCCUCCUCCGCCCCCGCCGCCGCCUCCGCCAACCCAUGCAAGGCAUGAUCGAGAUGGCGGCGGACAAGGAGACCUUCUUAGUGCCGGCCCCGCCGCCGCCCCUCCUCAAACCCCCGCCCCGAGGAGGAGGGGGCGGGGCCGGAGGGGGGGACGUCCCCCUGGUGCAGCUGCGUCAGGGGGCCGCCCCGGCGGACCUACACCAGGAGGACGCCCAGCCAGCAGCAGCAGGAGGAGGAGUUGCUCAUAGGGGCCCCUCCUCCGCCAGGAUAAACCAGGGGCCCCAGGACCCUCACCCCCCCGCCCAGCGCAGACCCCCAGCCAAAGGAGGGGGUCCCGCAGCAGCAGCAGCGUCCGAAGAAGGGGAAGACAGCGUCUCCGACCUGCAACGGCCCCGCAAUGGCUUCCAGCCCCCGCCCCACCACCAGCCCCGGGCCCCCGGCGGGGGCAAGAGGCGCAGCAGCUGCAACACCGGCGGCGGAGGCUUCAAGCACCCGGCCUUCAAGCGGCGCCGGCGCGUCAACUCCGAGUGCGACCCGGUGCUGCCCUCCGAGUUCCUGCUGGGGGGCAACAUCUUCGACCCGCUCAACCUCAACAGCCUCCUGGACGAGGACGUCAACCAAGCCGUCAACGCCGAGACCCCCAAGUCGUCGCCGCUGCCCGCCAAGGGACGGGACCCGGUGGAGAUCCUGAUCCCCAAGGACAUCACCGACCCGCUGAGCCUCAACAACGCCCAGGAGGACCCCCCGGUGCUGGCGUCGCCCGUCAAGCCCGGGCGGAAGCGGCACCGACACCGGGGGGCGCAGAGGGGGGCGGCCGGGCUGGAAGGAAGCGGCGGCGGCAAACCCCCGCUGCCCGCCUCGUGCAAAGCGUGCCAGAAGACGUGUAACGGGGCCACGCCGCAGCCCUACGAACUCAACACGGCCAUCAACUGCCGGGACGAGGUGGUGUCGCCCCUGCUGCCGGCCGCAGGGGAGACUCAGCCCGGGCAGCAGGCCUCCGGGGGCGCCACGCCGUCAGGCACUUCGGUGGCCUCCUGGACGGCCGGGGGCAGCAGCAGCAGCCGCCAUCACCGCAAGCGGCGCAGGACUAGUAGCAAGUCAGAGGGAGGAGGAAGCCGGCAUCCGGGGGCCUCCACGUCCGGCGAGCAGCCCUGCCGUAGCAGCCCGGACCGGGGGCACAGCGUGCCGAGGGGCCGCCACCCUCCGGCUGCUUCUGGCCAGUCGGUCCGGCGCCAGCCGCCGCGCCACAAGUUCCAGUACGGCAACUACUGCAAGUACUACGGCUACCGCAACCCCAGCUGCGAAGACCCCCGCCUGCGGGUGAUGAAGCCCGAGUGGUUCCAGGGCAAGGAGGUUCUGGACGUGGGCUGCAACGUCGGGCACCUCACCUUGAGCGUGGCUAAGAAGUGGGGCCCCGCCAGAAUAGUGGGGGUGGACAUUGACGGCGCCCUCAUCCACUCGGCCCGCCAGAACAUCCGGCACUACCUUUCGGAGGAGAUGCAGCAGCAGCAGCGGGACCACGAUGGUGGUGGCACCAGCAGCAGCGAAGGGGCCAGGCGUGCCAAGAAAACCUUCCCGGCCUCCCUCAUGGCCAGCCGAGGGCCCAUCGCUGCACCGAGGGUACCCCAGGACGGGGUGGACGCCACGGUCUUCCCCAACAACGUGUUUUUCGUCAAGGGCAACUACGUGCUGGAGCAGGACGAGCUGCUGGAGGCCCAGAAGCCCGAGUACGAUGUGAUCCUGUGCCUCAGUCUCACCAAGUGGGUGCACCUCAACUGGGGCGACGAGGGCCUCAAGCGCCUCUUCAAGCGCUUCUACCGCCACCUGCACCCGGGCGGAAUCCUGAUCCUCGAACCCCAGGCCUGGUCCUCCUACGGCAAGAGGAAGAACCUGACGGAAACAAUAUGCAGGCAUUACUACCGGAUCAAGCUGAAACCAGACCAGUUCCCCUCUUACCUGACUUCGCCAGAAGUGGGCUUCUGCAGCUACGAAUUGGUGGCCACACCCAGGAACACAUCAAAAGGAUUCCAGCGACCCAUCUAUCUCUUCCACAAGGCCGGCCCUGGCGCCCACUGAGAGCGUCUCUGCCGCCGACGCCUCGCCCCCUCCUUUUCGAAUCAGCCACUUGCUGGGGCCGGGGGGUGGGCGGCUAACGUGUCCCCCCCACGGAUGAAUGUUGGACACUUUGCUGGCAGGAGGGGAGAGCCUUUCCCUCCCGGCCAGGACGGAGCAAGCCAGACUUCAGAGACUGCAGUGGGGCAGUGGAGAUUUGCCCUGGAGCAGGACCUUGACUACUGUUAUAGGGUGGGUUGGGGGGGUUGAGAGGUUAUGGGGUGCACUCCAGGGGGGUGGCGUUUGCACCCAGGUGUCGUUUUCUUAGUCCCCGGAGCAGGGGGCAGGGUGCGUGGGCUGCAGCUCCCCCCCCCAAUAUGUCGGGUGCUCAGCUCCCCGUCACUCAACAACAAGCCAACAGUUUAGCAACAUCUGGGGGGGGGGAGAGGAAGGGUGGGCAGCUGGGAGAUCGGAUGGCUGGGAGUUUUAGCACAGCAGCAGAAGUUAUUUCUCUGUCCCUUUUGCCAUUGCCUGUUCAAGAGGUGUCCACGGCCCAGCGGGCGCCAUCUGGGCACUGCUGUGCUACAACUCCCAUCAGCGCCUCAGCCAGGGAGAGAGAAUUCAAAAGCUGGCGGAGAAAGGGGCUAGCUGCGUCCGAUCGUCCCUUGAUAGCUUCAGGUUGGGUUGGAAGAACGGAAACCCAGCCUUUUGCUGCUGCUUCCACCCAUCUCCUGCAAAGGGUGUCUUAACAUCUGUAUUGGGGAGCGGAGGGGGGGCUCCCCUGCCUUUGCCAGCAGCAGAUGUUCGAGGCCUCCCCUCUCCCUACUCCAGAGUCCCUGGGGCAACGAGAAUCCUGCCCCCACACGGACACAGCCGGCAGGAAGACGCAUGCCUGGAUUGCGGCCAUACUCUGCCCAUGUUUGUCAAGUCUGAUGCCUUGCUCAGCAGAGUGUUGCCUUCAGCCCUUGCGUGUGACGGGGAGACGACUCUUAACAAAAACACCACCAUCUUGUUUCCCACAAAGAAAACGUCACCUUUCUGGGGAGCCUUUCUGCCUUUUUUGGGGGGGUGUAUCUGAAGGGGACCCCUUCUCUGGAGUUCUUUCUUUAAAAAAAAAAAGUUGAUUCUAUAUAUAAAUAAAAGCCUACAGAUUAUUACCAA